CCUGCUCCUCAUCUCCCUUGCCGCGCUGUGACUUACCCACUCGACAGCAAUGGGCGAAGUCUUCUUCGUGCCGUCGCUGCUCGCGUCUUCUUUCUUUGUGUUUCUGAUAUGGAAGUAUUUGGGCAAACCACGCGAGAGCCCUGCUCUACGAUCGGUCGCGAUUCUCGUACUAGGUGACGUUGGUCGCAGCCCACGUAUGAUGUACCAUGCGGAGAGCUUUGCGAAGCUCCAGUUCGAAACAUACCUUGUUGGAUACGAAGGCUCUAAGCCCGUCCCCUCGCUCCUUUCUGUCCCCCACGUUCAUUUCCUCUAUCUCUACGAACCUCCGGCUGCACUUCGCAACCUCCCAUUUUUAAUUCUUGCUCCUUUCAAAAUCUUACACCAGAUUUAUGCGAUAUUGUCUGCCCUACUCUGGCGCAUGCCCCAUCCACCGGAAUUUAUCCUCGUCCAGAAUCCUCCAAGCAUCCCGACUCUCGCGCUUGUGUACCUCGUGAGCAGGCUGCGGGGUAGCAAAGUCAUCAUCGACUGGCAUAACCUUGGGUACAGCAUCCUUGCGCUCAAGCUGGGCCAGUCGCAUGUCUUCGUCAGAAUAGCUAAGAUGUUUGAAGCGUACUUUGGCAGAUCUGCGUACGCGCAUCUCUUCGUAACGCGUGCAAUGCGCGAUUUCCUCGUGCGUGAAUGGGGCCUCCAAGGACAGAAGGCCGUCUUACACGAUCGGCCACCUUCGCAUUUCCACCGUGCGUCGCCUUCAGAAACUCACGAACUCUUCCUCCGCCUUGAACCCUCACUUCCCACUGCUUUCCUCCCACCACAUACUGCCCCUUUUUCGACUGCACUCACGCAUAUAACUGACACCCCACCUUCCUCGCCCUCACGCACGACCGGCGAACUCAAUAUGCCCUCGCUGCGUGCGGAUCGACCCGCCAUCGUCGUGACUAGCACGAGCUGGACGGAGGACGAAGAUUUCGGGAUGAUGAUCGACGCGCUGGAGCAGUAUGAGCUGCGCGCGCGAAAAGUCAACAAGCAUGUCGGUGAAUUAGCCCUCGACCAGGACGCUGUCGGAAAGGUCGAGGAAGGCGGCCUGGAGACAGCAUCGUUACCAAAGCUGCUCAUGAUAGUCACGGGCAAGGGCCCGUUGAAGGAGAAGUAUAUGAGUAAGGUGCACACAUUGCAGAAUGCACGGGAUGCUUGGAAAUGGGUGCACUGCACGAGCCUCUGGCUUGAGCCAGAAGAUUAUCCGCUGCUCCUUGGAUCGGCAGAUCUUGGUAUCUCACUGCACGCCAGCUCGUCGGCACUUGAUCUCCCUAUGAAGGUCGUCGACAUGUUCGGCUGCGGGCUGCCAGUUUGUGCGCUUGACUUUGCGUGUCUUUCGGAACUGGUCAAAGACGGUAAAAAUGGACUCAUUUUCACAUCCGCCGCGGAGCUAGCAAAACAACUGGAGGACCUCCUCGGCGCCUUCCCGCACUCCCCUGCCCUCGCCACCCUCCGCGAGGCUCUGGACGUCUCUACUCCCCACUCUGCCUCUCCGCACUCGCACCUUUUUCCACAAUAUGCAUCAUACGCCACGCAUAGCCAGGGCGGCGCCUCAGACGCCGGGAGCGACAUAGACACCGAUGGCCAGGAAGAGGAGGAAGAGGAGGAGGAGGAGUGGGACAGCUGGGAUGCGAAUUGGGCCCGCAUUGUGGGCCCACUGGUGUUGAAGGACGCCGCGUGGGUGUCGUAUUGAUGAUACAUUGGACAAUUUACAGGUGCUUGUGAUUUUGGCUGUAGCCCCGACCGGCGGACUUUUUUUAUUAUCCUACAUACCCAUGCAUGACAUACUUGUUCGCCUGAC